CGUCUGUUCCCUGGCGAUCCGCUCGUGGUCCCCACGCCCAAUAAGCACGAGCAGCAGCCCAGAUCGGCGCAAUUGGGCAGGCCUGAAUUUCAAUAGUCUGGAGAGAGGAGCCCUAACCUUGACUGCAUCAGGCAAGUGCGUAAUAAUCCGAAUGCAAUUGGCCUCCGCGUUCUGCACCUUGGCCCUGUGAUUGUGGCCGUGGAUUCGAACGAUUCAGGUCGGCACACAUAUAAGAAAUUGGUGGGAUACCUUAUCCGACACACAGCAACAAGACAUACUCUUCCAGAUCAAAAUGAAGCUCUCUGUUCUUGUCGGCCUUGUCGGCGUGGCCUCUGCCACCUCCCAUCUCAACCUGCAUGUGCACGUCGGCAAGCAGCAGGGCGUCAACGACUGGAUGCCCGCAGGACCCGAUGAUGCCCGCAGCCCGUGCCCUAUGCUCAACACCCUCGCCAACCACGGCUACCUCCCCCGCGGUGGCCGCAGCAUCUCGCAGGAAACCUGGACCAACGCCCUGGUUACCGCUCUGAACUUCGACCCUCAGGUUGCCAAGGGCCUUUUCGGCAAUGCUAUCCUCUCCAACACCUCCAAGGGAGCCGAGGAGUUCGAUCUCGACCAAAUGAACGUCCACAACCUCCUCGAGCACGACGCCAGUCUCAGCCGUUCUGACGCCUACUUCGGCAACAACCACCUCUUCGACCCCACCGUCUUCGCCCAGACUCGCCAGUACUGGACCGAUCCCACCCUCACGGCCGUGCAGCUCGCAAACAGCAAGCUCGCGCGCCAGAUCCACUCCAAGGCCUUUAACCCGACCUACACGUACCCGCAGACCACCGAGGAGACCAGCUACAACGAGGCUGGGUUCCCGAUUAUUGCGUUUGGAAACAUGGAGGAGGGCACUGUUCGUCGCGACUGGGUGGAGUACUUCUUUGAAAACGAGCGUCUCCCUACCGAUCUCGGCUGGAAGGUCCGCGAGGAACCCAUCACCGAGGAGAAGAUGGGCAAGGUCGUCAAGCAGAUCAAGGCUGCCCUGAACAUGGUUACGGAGUCGACCGAGUCCGGCUCUGGGAAGCAGAAGAGAAACCCUCACUCGGUUUCAUAAACUGGAGAGUUAGUUGGAUUGAUACUGCUGCCUGCCUGCCUGCCUGCCUACUUGCCUGUCGUCUGGCUGUCUUGUGGGUGGGCGGUGGUUUGCUUAUUUACAUCACAUUGCUUCGAUUCUGGGUCUGUUGCGGACCUGCUUGGUUUGAUUAAUAGAUUGGGUUUAAUAUAUGGAUUACGGU